AAGCAUUCCCUUUGAGCUCGGCCUCGGGCGACCCGCGAUGGCCCUCACAAGGACUUCCAUCGGCACGUCGCUUCCCUCCAGGGUCGGAAGAAGCUCGCUGAGGCUUGGCAUCCCUGUCCAAGCUCAGGCCUAUCCCUCGUUGAGGUGUGGGUGUCGCGGCUGGUCAAGACCUGCCGCACCUUCGAUCUCUUCGAUUUGCGUCUUGGGCGGUGCCGCGGCCCGGGGCUCGAGCCGCGGAAGCAGAGAUGCGAGGCUAUACAUGACGUGCGCGGCUUUCAGGCGGCGGUCCCACCCAGCUGCCACACGCCGGCGGGCCGAAGGUGCGCAAGCAGUGAAGGUGAAGGGGGAGAAAGACGAG